CGCUUUUGUCCCCCUAACGUCCGUCCGGUUCUUAUUCUGCCUCUCUUCUCCUCCCCCCUUUCCCAACUUUCAUCUCCCUUUUCGAUCCGUUCAAACUUGGCAUUUCUUAGGUACGAUCUGCUCCCUGUUAUUGGCCCUGCUGCCUCUCCCACGAGCGUCUCGUCUCCAUCGUCUCGUUCGACUGGGCCCCUCCUGCUGAUUGCCAUCGGAGAUUGUUCUGAACACCCUCACUGCAUUUCUGCUGCAGCUGCUUUGCCUUCCAUCUGCCAUCACCAUGUCGCAACCCUACUACAACGGCCCUCCUCCCCCUCCUCAGUCUUACCCCGGGUAUCCGCCCCAGGGACCGCCUCCAGGACCGCCGCCUCAAGGAUAUUACCCUCCCCAGCCCCAGUACCAGCCUCCCAUGAACUACCAGCAACAGCCGGCCCCCCAGAAGAAGGAUCGCGGAUGUCUAGGUGCUUGUCUGGCCACCCUCUGCUGUUGUUUCCUCUGCGAAGAAACUUGUGAAUGCUGUUUUGAGUGCAUCGAGUGCUGCGAGAUGUGUUAGAGCGAUUGAUACACGCGGUCCGAGGUGGGCCACCAGCGUCAAAAUGGGUAUAUGACCUCGAUGAUAUGAUGUAUCGCAUGCUGCUAAGCCGCACGGGUCGAAGGGCGGGCAAUAAAGCGGUACCUGCGAGCUUUCUUUCUUGUCCAUUUCUUUCUCUUUCUCUCAUUCUGCUUUCGCUUUUCGUCUGGGCCCGGGGUUUCUCUUGCGUUUCGUUCCCGAGUGUUGGUUUUCUUUGCUAGUCCUAGCUCCAUGGAGUGGAUAUUUUUGUUUUGAG